AUGGUAGCAAAACAAAAAAGAGUUAGAACAUCGACACAUGGAUUACCUGCCAAUUUACAAACAAACUUGCCAAAUGUUACUUACAAUGAUGAUUGUACUGAUACUAUACCACAUGAAAAUCUAUGCUCAUCUAACCAAGUUUUAGAAAUUUAUACAUCUGAUAGUAAUAAUUCAACAAUUUCAUUUUUCAAAAAAUUCUACCAAUAA